AUGUCGUUACAGGACGAUCCCUCUGUGGCCCGGGGCAGCAUGUCCCAGACGCUCACCAUCAGCGUCGACCGUGGCCUGUUCCUGUUCCAAACCUCCCACUCAGCAAACGUGCCUACCCCGCAUCUUGACAUGCACAGGCAGCUUGAGUUGAGCGAUGAGGAGUCGGACAACCCUGAGACAUCAGCCUCCUUGGUUCCAGCCAAGCUGCUUCUUGCCUGGGCAAUUGUUGCCAAGGCCUUCGCUGGUACCGACAGUGUCGUCAUUCUUGGCCCCAAGGUCCAAUUGGAGGCUCAGGCCUCGAUCGUUCUGGAUGGAGAUAGGUUGGUUGUUGAUCAAAUCAAGGCGAUUGGUUCCCAUCUGGAUGGUUCUGUUAGUUCCAACCAGGCGAUAACCCCCGUCCUUGACCAGCCCCAACUUCAUCCCCUCGCUCUGCGCUAUGCCUACAGCGAGGGUGAUGUACCUGCCAUGGAUGGUUGUCUUUCCAUUCAAUUCUCUAGCCACUCAGGCCGUUGGUCGGCGAAGUUGAGCGCCGACUCGAGAGUCAUCGACCAAAGCCUUUUGCCACUGUUGUCCAGCACCUUCCAACGCACUAUUAAGCAGCUGCACUCUGUAUCAUCCCAGAUCACCCAGCGUGACAUUCCGCUUAGUGACAGCAAAGAUGUAGGAAUGUUACAAAUGCUCGCAGGCCGUGCUGCGCCGCCAGUAUCCUCGUUGGUGCAUGACCUGAUUGUCAAGAGUGCUCGCAGCCAGCCUGAUGCUGAGGCCAGUGUUUCGUGGGACGUCAACUUGACAUAUGCUGAGUUGGAUGGGGUUUCAGAUAUUCUGGCAUCUCAUCUAGUCUCACUUGGCCUCCAGGUUGGCUCGACAGUGGCAACUUGCCUUGAAAAGUCUGGCUGGGUGCCAGCUAUCUAUCUUGCCGUCCUCAAGGCGGGUGGUGCCUUUGCUCCCCUGAGCCCUGCUCUAUCCGCUGAUCAGAUCUCCUCGGCUGUGGGGAGAUUAUCUCCGAGCAUCGUUAUCUCAUCUUCCCCUAACCUCAGCAAGUUUACCGGACUGGUAGAGCACGUGCUCGAUAUCUCUGACGUUGUUAAGAACCAUCAAGGCACCAACGUCCAACUACUGCCAGAAGUGACAGUCACACCGCGUGAUCCCGCAUGCGUCCUUUUCACAUCCGACAGUGUAGAGGGGCCUCUACUCGUCUUGGAUCACGCUGCUGUUUGUGCUUCAAUUGCCACCAACAGCAACAUCCACGACUUCUCUCCUGCCACAAGGACCCUCCAGUUUGCUCCCUAUGAUUCCAGCACUGGUGUCGCAGACGUCAUCUUUACGUUAGCAGCGGGUGGUUGUGUCUGCACUCCGUCAGGCCAUGAGCAACUUAUCAAUAUCGCCGACGCAUGCACGAGGAUGAAACCCUCAUUAGCCUGUCUCACACCAUCUGUAGCGUCUGCUCUCAACCAAGACGAUCUCCCGGGCAUAGAUACCAUUAUCCUCGCUGGCGAGCCCUCGGAAACCAAUAGCGUCGAAAAAUGGGUAUCAGCAACCAGCCUCAUCAACGCGUAUGCUUCGGCUGCCGCGCUCGGCUACGCCUGUUCUACUGCACCUCUUAUCACCAUCUCUUCUCCCCGCAACAUCGGAUGGCCUCGGGGCUGUGCCGUCUGGGUCAUGGACCCUCAAGACCCUACUCGCCUCGCUCCACCAGGUGCCGUUGGCCAAUUACUUAUUGAAAGUCCAUUCCUUGGGCCAAAGUACGAAAGUGGCAAUGAGGCCUCAGCUUCUGCAUUGGUUUCCCGCCCAGCAUGUCUGUCUCCCUCAUUCUUCGCGCCGAAGCCAACGGAGCCUGCACGCUGCUUCUUGACUGAGCAUCUUGUACGCUUUGACAUUCGUGAUGGUACGCUGCAGCUCCUUGGAAACAAGAACUCACAAGGUCAGCUAUUACGUCUUGAAUCACGCCAUAGCGAAUCACCAGCCUCGACAGUGGGCGAGACCAUGACCAUCACAGGGCCAAUCACCCCCAUGGCUAUCAGUGCUUCUCAGACCAGCUUGGAUACCGGUGCCAUCAAUACUGCCUUACAGACUUCUGAUGUGCGCUUCGAGCUACUGAAUCUUUCCCCCGAGAAGCUGUCUCGUCUGGAAGCUCUUCUGAAACCCUUGGGUUCUGUGCAAGACUGCUACCCAUGCUGCCCGGUCCAGGAGGGUAUUCUUGUCAGCCAGGUGAAAGCCCCGGGGACCUACAACAUUUUGGUCAUCUGGGAACUUGUCAACGGUGCCAAUACUUCCUUGGCUAGUCUCCGAGCUGCAUGGGAGCGAGUGGUACAGCGCCAUGCUCCUCUACGUUUGACAUUUGUUGAAAGUCUGCGCGAUGGCAGCGUCUUUGACCAAGUCGUCCUGGCGUCGCCAUCUGUCGACGUGGUGGAAAUGCCAUGGAUGGAAGACCUGACAGAAGACGAUGAUAUGCUGCAACUGACAGCUGCCACGUGGAGCAAAGACAAGCCACAUCAUCGCCUAGCGUUGUCCAGAGCGGCCGAUGGCAGAUUGCGCUGCCAGCUUCUCAUCAGCCAUGCCGUUAUCGACGGUCUGUCUGUGCAGACUCUUGGCCAAGAUCUUGAGAGGUCACUCAAUGGAGUUCUACCUGCCAGCCAGAAUACAGAUCUUCAACGCCUGUAUAUCCAGCAGCUACAGCAAGCCCCAGAGGAGGAUGCUCGUGAGUUCUGGAAGAGUUAUCUGGACGGACUCUCUGGAUGCCUCCUACCCAAGCUGACCGACUGGGCCGACCAGAAGCCAGCCCGAGUAUCAACUAAAAGGCGCAUGCUUCCCGAUGUCAAGCGGCUCAGGCGUUUCUGCCAGGAACAAGGCACUACCCUGUUUUCCUUGACUCAGGCAGCGUGGGCUAUGGUACUCAGGGCCUAUACUCUGUCUGACGACGUCUGCUUCGCCUUCAUGGCUACCGAUAGACACCUUCUCGGUGAUGAAGCUGACAACGCGGUCGGCUUCUUCAUCAACCUGAUGCUCUGUCGCAUUGGCUUUGAGGGCUCGACUCCUAUCGCCGAGAUACUCAACGCGCUGCGGGGAGAUUUCCUUUCCAGCUUUCCGUAUCAGCAUCAUCCGUUGGCCGAGAUCGCUCAUGAUCAAGGUGUUCCUGCUAGCCAGCUGUUCAACACCACCAUGACGUUCAUGACCGAUGAUGAGGACGACACUGAGUCUCACGGCGAUGGAAUCAAGCUUCAGAGAGUUGCUGACCAAGACGUUGCCGAGUAUGAUGUCGUCGUCAGGAUAUUUGACAAGGCUGAAGACAAUGUUGCUGUCGAAUUCUCGUACUGGAGUUCAGCGCUUUCCAGCGAGCAGGCAGAAAAUGUCUUUGGAGCGUUCCUAGCCGCGAUUGCCUCAAUUCCUGAAUCGACAACCGUCGACGAUGUCGACCUCAUGGAUGAGAGGAUGAAGGACCAGAUUCUUCAGUGGAAUGAGCAGCCGCCCACUCUCGUUGACUCUUGCACCCACGAGCUCAUUCUCGAUGCCGCCAAGGAGUAUCCCGAUGCACCUGCUAUUGAGAGCCACGACGGCAGCUUAUCCUAUGGCGAGCUUGAGCUUCUGACAAGAAAGCUUGCCGCACAACUCAUCAACCUCGGGGUUAGUCGAGAAGUGCCAGUCGUCUUCCGUGUAGAAAAGUCACUUUGGGCUAUCGUCGCCAUGAUCAGCAUCAUGAGAGCCGGGGGUGUUUUUGUGCCCCUUGAUCCUGCCUGGCCUGUCGAUCGUGCUCAGUAUAUCAUCGACAAUACUGAAGCCAGCAUCUUGCUUACCACGGAUGCUACAGCGUCACUGCCAUUGCGACGUAUUGAUGAUACAUUUGUGCUAUCUCACGAGUCUCUCAGCAAGUUGUCGACACCGGAGUUCUUGCCAUUCCAAGCUACUCCCAGCAACGCUGCCUACAUCCUGUACACUUCGGGCAGCACAGGCCAACCGAAGGGUGUAGUAGUAGAGCAUCGAACGCUUAGCUCCAGCACCAAAGCUCACGGUGAGGCCAUGCAGAUGGACCGACAGACGCGUGCAUUCCAAUUUUCUUCGUAUACGUUCGACGUCUCCCUGGGCGAGAUCUUCACAACCCUGGUCUAUGGCGGUUGCAUCUGCAUUCCCUCUCCUAGUGACCGACUUAGCAACAUAAGCGGUGCUAUCUCGAAGCUACGCGCAAACCAGCUCUUCAUGACUACCACGACGCUAGGCACCUUUUUGCCGCAAGACUGUCCCAGCGUGAACAAGAUAGUUUGCGCAGGCGAGUUGUUGUCGCAGGGUAUCAAGGAUAUCUGGGCUCCUCACGUCAACCUCAUCCACGCUUAUGGACCAACCGAGGCAUGCAUCUACGCCGUCGCAAUCGAUUCCAAUUCCCCAUCUCUUCCACCGUCAGUCAUUGGCCAUGGAAUGGACGGUAAUCGAGUCUGGGUCUCGCAGCCAGACGACCCUAAAGUCCUAGCUCCCAUUGGAGCAUUGGGUGAACUCCUCAUCGAGGGAUCUAUCGUUGCACGUGAGUACUUCAAUGACCCCCUCCGCACUAAUCAAUCCUUCCUAGAUAAAGUCCCCUCUUCCUGGGGCGUGCAGUCCCGUCACCGUGUAUAUCGCACCGGUGAUCUUGUGCGAUACAACAUGGACGGAAGUCUUACCUUCUUCGGCCGUCGUGAUGGACAGCUCAAGGUACGUGGCCAGCGAUGCGAGGCAGGCGAUAUUGAAAAUCACUUGACCACCAUCGAACCUGGUAUCGCCCACUGCGCCGUCCUUGUGCCAAAAGAAGGCGCCUGUGCUUCUCGAUUGGUAGCUGUGCUAUCCUUCAAAGCCUCUCACCCGGUUAUGAGCACGCGCACAGGUGACCUUCAACUCCUUGAUGCGCAAAAGAUCUCGGAUAUCAUGGUCAAGCUCCAAGAAAACCUUGCUCAACAAGUCCCCAACUACAUGGUGCCUCAAAUCUGGCUGCCAGUAGUAGAGCUUCCUUCAACAACGGCCUGCAAGACUGAUCGCCGUCGUGUUUCUCGAUGGGUUGACAAGCUCAGCUCAACUACCUUGGAUAGCGUUCUCAACCUUUCAGCCACGCAAACUUCCUCUUCUGCAGAGAGAGGUCCAGUUCAUAUGAUCCUUGCAACAGCCUGGGGCGAGACUCUCGGUGUUGCGGCGGACAAUGUUCCUGGUGACCGGUCUUUCUUCAGUCUUGGUGGUGAUUCGAUCCUUGCUAUCCUGGUUGUUAACCGGUGUCGGGCCCAAGGCAUUGAGCUCUCAGUCAGCGACAUUCUUCGUGGUCGUACAAUCGACGAGAUGGCAAGUGUUGUAUCUAUCUCGGAUCAGCAUUCCAACUCAGCUUCGACCUCGAUGGUCCCUCUCACUCCCGCUGAGAACCUUGCCCUCGGCGCCGGCCUGGUUGAAGAAUCUUGCCCACCUAGCCAGUCUCGAACUGUUCAGCUGGAUCUUGCCAGCCCCAUCCCUCCACAAGACCUUCAGGAUGCUCUGAACAAGUUGAUUGAUCUCCACCCAGCCCUCCGGCUUACAUUCGUCAAGGAAGAAGAUUCCUGGUUCCGACGUGAAGCUGCCGACGUGAGCAGGGUACUCUCAUUCAAUGCUCACGACGGUAGUGUUAGCACAGAAUCUGUACUAGACAAGUCCCGGUCUCUACUUGAUGCGACUAGUGGUCCACUUCUAGUCGUCGACUACUUCCAAAGCGAGAAGAAGCUGGCUCUAUCCUCCCUUCAUAUAUCCCUCGAUUUACCAUCGUGGGAGGUUCUGUUGCGAGAUCUUGACUGUCUCCUGUCAGGCUCACCUGUGGCCCAGCAAUCUUCACUUCCCCGAAACCAAAGCCACCAACCUUCUGUCACUUCGGUUCCAGUUGGAGAGACCAACCUCGACUACUGGGAACUGGAUCCCGAGGAAACAUACUUACCUCAUGAGAUGAAGUACGAGCUACGAAUUGACGCUGAAGCUGCUGAGGUUCUCCACAAGACUUGCGUUCAAGCUUCCUUGAGCCCAGUGGACGUUCUGGUCGCCGCAGCUGCGAAGUCAUUUUCACAAGGCUUCACGGAUCGAACUCUGCCCAUCAUCCAUGCCGUCGACAAUGCACAUGGCCAAGUCGGAUAUGGCGACUCCGUCUUCCCUACCCAAGUUCCCAGUAACUCGACAGUUGACGCUGCGGAAGUAGUAGCAAUGGCUAAGAACGCUCGCCUCAGCACCGGAUCAUCAUACAUGGCUGAGUCGUAUACGCCACAGGUUCUCGCUACUCGAAUUCCAGAAGUCCUUGUCACGUACUCCAACACCCAAGCAUUCCAGGGCAAGAUACUGAAGCCUUCGGGUGAAAUUUCUGACCCUGUUUCUCUGAUUCCCUCCUGUGUCAGCAUCUCUGCCAAUGUCCACGCCGACAAGUCUCUCGGUGUCGUGGUGGCUCACAGCUGGGAUCUGGGCCAACAGAAGAAGAUCCGUAAAUGGGUCCGACUGCUACAAACAGCACUGUUGGAUACCAUUCGACAAGUCGCCAAGGCGAACUUUAUGUCCCCUGCUGAUUUCCCUCACGUCCGUGUUUCAGACGACAAGGCAUGGGAGCGACUUCGCGGCACAAUCCAAGAAGCAUUAGGCCCUGAUUCAACUCAGAUUGUUGAGGAUCUAUACCCUUGCUCUCCUGUACAGCAGGGUAUGCUUCUCAGCCAAGCCAAGUCCACUUCAUCGUACACAGUCGACGUUGUAUGGAAGAUGCAGAUGUUGUCUGACUCCAACGUCUCUGUGGCACGGCUGGAGACCGCCUGGUCGAGGGUCGUGCAGCGACACGCUGCCUUGAGAACUAUCUUUGUCGAUGGAAGUGCCGCCAAAGAGGCAUUCCUCGCGACCAUCUUGAGGAACCCACCUGCCCGUGUUCUGCAUCAGACACUCGCGGAUGGAGAUGGUGUCGAGGGUCUUUUAGCGUUUGAUCCAAAGCUUCCCGGCUUUUCGCAAGAGCCACCUCAUGUCUUGACUAUUGGACUGUCACAGGACCACGCACUGGUCCAUCUACGCAUCAACCAUGCUGUGGUCGACGGCGUCUCACUUGAUGUGCUGCAGCGUGAUCUAGAGCGUACCUACGUCGCCGAGAACAGCUCUGAGUGGCUCACUUCGGAUCCGUCGUUCCGCGAUUACGUAGCCUACAUCCAAUCUCAAGACACAGACUCGUCCCUGGACUUUUGGAAGAACCGUCUCAGCACCGUAUCGGCCUGUCGUUUCCCCCAGCUACAAGUUCCCGAUGUUCCUAUCAAGAACGAGAAGCGCGUCUUCAAAACGAAGAUCGACGACAUUUCGUCACUUCUGGCGCUAUGCCAGGCCAACAGUCUUUCCAUCUCGAACGUGGCUCAGCUAGCAUGGGCCUUGGUCCUGCGUGCCUACACCAACAACCACCACGUAUGCUUUGGCUACAUGACCUCCGGGCGAGACGCACCUGUCCGGGGCAUUGAGAGCGGCGCGGGCGUCUUCAUCAAUCUCCUCAUCAGUGACCUUGCGCUGGAGGAUGGCAUGACCAUCAGGGAGGCUUUGGAGUCGUCUCGCGCCGGUCUCGCCGAUAGUAUUGAUCACCAGUACUGCCCUCUUGGUAAGAUCCAGAGUGCUUUACAUAUGGGCGGCGAGCCUUUGUUCAAUACUGUCCUCUCAUGUUACCGCGAAGACGACCCUGUCCAGUCCAAGAGCGAUGUUGCUGUUGACUUGGUUCACUUGGAUGACACAAGCGAAUUUGCCAUUGCAGCCAAGAUUGCUUAUACUCGGUUAGAGAUGGAACUCAGUUUGACAUACAGGACCGAGGUCAUCAGCCCCGAAGCCGCUGAUAUAGUAGGAGACGUCUGGCUUCGAACGCUGCAGUCCCUGCCAUCUCUAUUUGACCAGAAGAUCAGCGAUGUCAACUUGAUGGACUCCCAGAGUAGCCAUCUCGUCAAGACCUGGAACAAAUAUGUUCCCGAACCUGUCAACGCCUGUUUGCACGACAUCAUUACCGAUGUUGCGGCUCUACAGCCUGAUAAGAUGGCUCUUUAUUCUACUGCAGGAAGCCUCACAUAUGCAGAGCUCGACAACUACUCCACUCGUCUCGGACAUCACCUGGUUUCCCUUGGUGUCGGCCCCGAAUGUAUCGUUCCACUACUCUUUGAGAAGUCCAUCUGGGCUGUUGUAGCUAUGCUCGGUGUUCUCAAAGCUGGUGGUGCGUUCGUCGCCCUGGACCCAGCACACCCGGCUGACCGCUUGUCAUUGAUCAUCUCCGAUACUGGCAGCCCGGUACUCCUCGAUUCUCAUAUGCAGGAAGUCGGACCCCUCGUCACCGGAGACUUGGCCAGCUUGGACGUGGUGCGGUUUACUGUGACGGAAGCUUCUAUUCUGGAACUACCAGAACGAGACAACAAGCCGUGUACUACCGUUACGGCCGACAAUGCAGCCUAUGUGAUCUUUACUUCCGGCAGCACUGGUAGACCAAAAGGUGUUGUCAUCGAGCACCGGGCUGUAAGCACCGGUACCAAGGAGCAUGGGUCUAAGAUGAGCUACAGGGAAACUUCACGAGUACUUCAGUUUGCUUCAUAUGCCUUUGACGCCACCAUCGGAGAGGUAUUCACAACGCUCACCUAUCGUGGCUGCGUAUGCAUCGCUUCUGAAACAGAGCGUAUCGAAGAUCUGGCCGGUUUCAUGAACCGAGCGGGUGUUACUUGGGCCUUCUUGACACCUGCGGUGGCCAGAAUGAUGACUCCCAGCGACGUCCCAGCGCUGGAGACUCUGAUCUGCGGUGGUGAACCAAUUGGCGAUCUGACUCCUCGCAUUUGGAGUGAAAAAGUCCAGUUUAUACAGGCAUACGGUCCCACAGAGACGUGCGUCUUUGCAUCCGUCAGUGAUCGCCAACACCGCGAGGUUCGACCAGCUAUCAUCGGCCACAUGAUGGGUAGCGCCGUUUGGAUCGUCAGUCCCAGCAACGCCGAUCUGCUCGUUCCCGUGGGUGCAAUCGGUGAGAUGUUGAUCGAGGGCCCUAUCCUAGGCCGUGGAUACCGCAACGACCCCGAAAAGACAAACGCGAGCUUUAUAUGGGAUCCCGAGUGGUCGGUGAAUUAUCCACAGCAUGCCAAUGGGCGCCGUCUUUACAAGACAGGCGAUCUAGUUAGGUACAACCUCGACGGUUCCAUGGACUUUGUCCAGCGCAAGGAUACACAGAUCAAGAUCCGAGGUCAGCGAGUCGAGACUGGCGAGAUCGAAAGCCAUAUCACUAGUGCCCAGAAGGACGUGCAGCAUGUCUUUGUGACCUUCACCAAGAACGGCCGACUGAGCAAUCGGCUGGUUGCUGUCGUCUCUUUACGAGGUCUCGGCUCGGAAACGGCAACAGGCUCGCUGCGUCUCUUGCAGGGUGCUGACCACGAAAAGGCACAAGAGCUGUUGCGUACGGUCACGGAGUACCUUUCGUCCAAGUUACCCAGACACAUGGUUCCCGCCGUCUGGACAGCUGUCCAAGGAUCUUCAGUUCCCCUGACGACAUCUGGCAAGAUAGAUCGCCGUCAGAUGACAGCCUGGUUGGAGAAAGCUGACGAGGAUCUUGUUCGGGAUAUUCUGGCACUUGGUCAAGAGGAACCCGUCUCGGAUGACUCCCUGACUCCAGCUGAGGCUGCUAUACGCUCCGUCUGGGCUCAAGUUCUUAACUUGGAUCCUCGCAAGAUCAGCAGGGAGCAUCGCUUCUUCAGCUUAGGUGGCGACUCGAUUACUGCCAUGCAGGUCGUGUCCCACUGCAGGAGUCAGGGCAUUGAGCUCGCCGUCAAGGAUAUUUUCAAACAUCAGACUAUCGCAGCCCUCGCGGCAUUUGUCGACUACAAUCCCUCAGGUGAAAUCUCCUCAUCCUCCUUGAACCAGAAUCUAGACCUCUCGGAUCAAGUUGACGAGGAUUUUGCCCUAUCGCCGAUCCAGAAGGUGUACUUUGACCAGUAUCCCGAUGGAGUCAACCACUUCAACCAGAGUUUCUUUGUGCAGAUCCCGUCGAAGAGAAAGGUGGCUUCCUCAACCCUACAUAAGGCACUUGAACAGCUUGUCAGUCGUCACUCAAUGCUGCGUGCUAGGUAUACCAACUCUCAAGGCCGUUGGGCCCAGCGCGUCACAGCUGAUGUGACUGGCUCGUUGCAGUACCAGGAGCACACAGACAUUGCGCUCAACCAAGUCAACGACCUUAUCGACUCUGCUCAGCAGGCGCUGGACAUCCAACAUGGUCCAAUUGUCUCAGCAAAGCUCAUUAACCUGCCUGACCGUCAGGUUAUCGCCAUCGUGGCUCACCACCUGGUUGUAGAUAUGGUCUCCUGGCGCGUCUUGGUCGAGGAACUUGAAGCUAUCUUGACUGGCAAACCUCUCCCUGCAGCAGCCUUAACUCCCGUGCCAUUCCAGGCAUGGGUUCGGAUCCAAUCAUCUCAUGUUAAGGAACUUUCUGCACAGACAGUCCUUCCCUAUACCAUUCCAAAGCCUCAUUUGGACUACUGGGGGCUGGACCUCGCCAAGUCUAACAGUUGGGGCUCGGUGCGCGAGACAAGCUUUGAGCUUGAUGAGACCAUGACCAAAUUGCUCCUGGGUCCUUGCAAUGAGCCUCUCCAGACAGACCCUCAAGAUCUUAUGCUCACUGCAGCGUUCCGAUCUUUCGCCCAAGCCUUCCCCGACCGGCCUGUUCCAGCCAUCUUUACAGAAGGCCACGGCCGUGAAGCUGAAGUUGAAGUUGAUCUCUCCCGCACAGUCGGAUGGUUCACCUCCAUCGUCCCAGUUGCACUCGCCGAUGACGUGCCAGCUGACUUGAUCGAGACUGUCAUGAGGACCAAGGAUGCUCGCAGAUCUGUCCCCGGCCACGGUGUUCCUUACUUCUCCUAUCGCCACCUGUCUGAAGAUGAGGCGACUAAGACUGAGUUUGGACACCACGACCAAAUCGAGAUCUUGUUCAACUACCAUGGUCAGUAUCAGAGUCUGGAGAGAGACGAUACUCUCCUCAAGCCGAUCCCCGAGGGAGAGUUUGCCCAACGUGAUGUUCAACCUACAUCACGCCGUUGGGCUGUCUUUGACAUUGCAAUUUCUGUCGCUGCGGGGCGAGCCACAGUAUCCCUACUGAUGCCUCAAGCCUUGACACCCAACAUCUCACAGCAAGUCCCGGGUUUACCUUGA